AUGGAGGAAAAUGAGUUAAGCUCACAUAUAGGUGGUGCAGUGUGCGAACACUCUCUCAAGUCAGAGGAGGAGAGGGAAAGAGGAGAGGAGUCUCUCAGCACGAGUGGGAGGAGGAGAGGAAAAGAGGAAGAGUUUCCUCAGGACGAGUUGGAAGAGGAGAGGGAAAGAGGAGGAGUUUCCUCAGGACAAGUGGGAGGAGGAGAGGAAAAGAGGAAGAGUUUCCUCAGGACAAGUGGGAGGAAGAGAGGAAAAGAGGAAGAGUUUCCUCAGAACGAGUGGGAGGAGGAGAGGAAAAGAGGAAGAGUUUCCUCAGAACGAGUGGGAGGAGGAGAGGAAAAGAGGAAGAGUUUCCUCAGGACGAGUGGGAGGAAGAGAGGAAAAGAGGAAGAGUUUCCUCAGAACGAGUGGGAGGAGGAGAGGAAAAGAGGAAGAGUUUCCUCAGAACGAGUGGGAGGAGGAGAGGAAAAGAGGAAGAGUUUCCUCAGGACGAGUGGGAGGAAGAGAGGAAAAGAGGAAGAGUUUCCUCAGAACGAGUGGGAGGAGGAGAGGAAAAGAGGAAGAGUUUCCUCAGGACGAGUGGGAGGAAGAGAGGAAAAGAGGAAGAGUUUCCUCAGGACAAGUGGGAGGAGGAGAGGAGCAGAGGCUCAGGACAGAUGA